GAGCUUCUUUCGAGUGGAACCCGGAAUUCAGGCCAAUCUCAUAGUAGACAACUAUAUCUGGGGACAGUACAAGUCUAUCGUCGAGUUGGAGGUUGUAAUGGUGCAAUUGCCCUGUAGUUCACCAUGCGCCAUCUUGACAUGACAGCUGUUGUCCUGGAUUUACCCAAAAUCAUAUUUGCUGCACCUAAGUCAUCGGAGCGAGUCACCUUCGAAGCGAACGACUUCUUUGCACAAGAAUCGGUGCAAAAGGCCGACUUAUAUCUUUCCCGGAUGAUCUUUCACAACUGGGGAGACAAAUACUACUCCCAAAUACUUCAAAACCUGAUCUCUGCAUUGAGGAAGGGGUCCAGGAUUGCUAUCAACGACCAUGUAAUCCCAUCGCCGGGUGUACUCAGUCCUUACAAGGAUUGGACAACGCGAGUCGUUGACCUCGUGAUGAAGGAGUACUUCAAUGCGAAGGAGCGUGAUAUCAGUGUUUGGAUUAAGCUAUUGAAGAAAGCGGACGGGCGAUGUGAGAUUCGAAAUGUGAUUAGGCUAGAAGGAUCAUAG